AUGAUAAGAUUUGUAUGGAGAAAAAAUAUUUUUCUUCAACAUCAUUUUAAAAGAAAGUCCUCUUUUGUGGCUAGUCAAAUAGAUUUAAAAAAAUUAUCAACAAAACAUUUAGGAAGUUUUUCUUUUGACAUUAUACGAUUAUGUGAACAAAAUAAAGAAUUAUAUGAAUCAUAUAAAUGUCGAAUUAUCAAAGAUAUAGAUUUGUUAGAUGGGAAGGAUUGUUAUAGAAUAUUGAAAUCAUUAGAAAUAAAUAAUAAAAUAAAUGAAGAAGAGGAAUUAUUAAAAUAUAUAUUGAAAAGAAUGUGUAUUGAAAGUUGUCGUUAUUCUAUAAAAGAAAUAUGUGAUAUAUGUUUUUUGUGUUCAAAAUUAAAUAUUAUAUAUAUCCCAUUAUUUGCAUCUCUUUCUAUUGUAUUUAUUAAUAAGAUAAAUUUAGCUAGUCCAGAGCAUUUAACUAUUAUGUGUUUAUGUUAUAGUAAAAUUCAAAUUAAAGAUGUAAAUUUAUUUAAUAGAAUAUCAGUUGCUGCUUUGAAUAUAUUAUAUAUGUAUGAUAUAGAAAAUUUAAUCAACUUAUUAUUAUCAUAUAUAUAUAUAGAUAUACCUGUUGAUUUACUUUUACAUUCUAGUAUUCCAAUUUUUAUAAAGAAUGAAAAGAAAUUAGAUUCCAACAGUUUAAACAAACUAGCAUAUGUAUAUUCAAAUUAUAAGUAUAAAAGUAACGAUAUAAAUUGUUUAUUAAAAAAUAAAUUACCAUUAUAUAUAUGUUCAUUGAAUAAUAUACAGUUAUCUGAAUUAAUUAUAUCAUUGGAUAGGUUAUAUAUUAAACAUUAUCCUAUAUACAAAUAUUAUACAAAUGUAAAUUUAAUAUGUUUAGAUUUUACUCUGGCCAUAAAAGUAAUACAUGUCAUAUCACAGUUAGAUGAUAUAUCUUUAGAGCUAAAAUAUGAUGAAAUAUUUUUGUGUAUUAAUAAUUUUUUAGCAAUACAUGGGAAGUAUAUUAGAAGUGGAGAAAUGGAAGGUCAAAAGAAUGAUGACACGAAAAUUAAAACAUAUGAUGACACGAAAAUUAAAAUAUAUGAUGACACGAAAAUUAACAUAUAUGAUGACACGAAAAAUAAAAUAUAUGAUGACACGAAAAUUAAAACAUAUGAUGACAUGAAAAUUAGAACAUAUGAUGAAAUGGUGCGAUUAUAUUAUAUGUCCUAUGGAUUAAGUGAGGAACACAAAAGGAGUGUUAAGAGAAAUAAUAUAUUUUGUGAUAAUCAUACAAAUGAAGAUUCCCAUUUACUUGAAGAUUUUCAUCAUCCUAUUAACAAUAGAAAUAAUAAUUUUUCACAUCUUGAAUUUAAUAAGGACAAGGUAUUGGAACAGUAUUCUUUGUGCUCCUCAUUAAAAAUAAAAAAUAAAAAUAAUAAUGAAUAUGAUGUAUGUCCUCCUUGUGAUAAUAUAAAUAAUGUAAAUAAUAUGAAAAGAUAUUAUUUCGAAUAUAACAUGAAAAAAAAAUUAGAUAAUAAUUCCUUGUGUUAUUUAUAUACAGAUAUAUUUGAAUCUAUAUAUAAUUUAUUGAUAAAUAAUAAUAUAUAUGAGUAUGAUGAGAAAUUAAAGAUAUAUAUGAAUUAUAUAUGUAAAGAAAUUGUGUAUUUAAAAAAUAAUUUAAAUAUUAAUUGUUUGUCAAGGAUAUUUACUACUAUAGGUAAGAUGCCCAUAAUAUGGAAUCUUACAUUCUUACCAUUAGACGUAAUAAAGGAUACGUUUUUUAUUUUUUAUAUAAAUGAAGAAAAACAUUUUUAUGAAGAAUUAUUAGAAAGAUAUUUUGAGAUCUAUAGCAAAUGUGAUAAUAUUGAAUAUAAUACAAUAAUAUUAUAUAAUAUAAUUAAUUUAUUUUUAUUAAAUAACAAUAAAAAGUAUUAUUUACAGUUUGAAAAAUGUUUAGAGCAUUAUUCGAAAAUCUUGAGAAGAAAAAGUGUUGAGGAGGAAUAUAUGAAGGAGGAGUGUAUAAUAAUAUAUAAUUAUAUUGAAUAUAAUUUUAAGAAUAUCAAUUUAUGGAGCAAGAGGAAACAUAAAACAAAUGAUAAGAAUGAAAAUAUAAAUAAUAAUAAUUUAAUUGAUUCUGUAGAUGGUGUAUUAUCUCAAAGUUAUUCUUCAUAUAACUUGGAGAAGACAAUUAAUACGAAUAAUAAAUUAUUGACAUUAGAAUUAUAUAAUAUAAUCCAACAGUUUAAUAAAAAUAUAAAAAUAAAUCAUAAGGAAGAAAUAUAUUUUAUACCUGUGGUUGAAUAUGAAAAUUAUAUAGCUUAUGUUUUCUUACAACCUGAAGAUUAUUAUUAUUCGUCGAGUGAACAAAAUUAUCUUUGUAUAUUAGAAGACAAAAUGGGUUAUCUAGGCAUGAACAGUUUGAAAAAUAAUAUAAAUGAUAAAAAUAAGAAAUACAGAGAAUGUGAUAAAGAAGAUAUAUUACCACUAGAUUGGACAUAUAAUUCUUCUCUGAUAUUAAUAAAUAAUGUUUUAUAUAAUCCAUAUAAAACAUUUUAUAAUGAUACAUUUUUUAUAAAAUCAAAUGCGUUAGUAAAAAUAAAUUUUUUAUUAAUAAAGGGUUAUAAUAUAAUUGCCAUACCUUUUUAUAUCUGGAGAAAUAUGUCUUACGAAGAAAAGCAGAAACAAGUGCAACUGAUGCGUAAACAAAUAAUAAAUAGUUGA